AUGGUAAUGGAACUAAAGAGAUUUCAACUUGAACCAAACUGCAUUGUAAGCGAGCUGUGUCGUGAGCCUCAACUCAAAACCCAAUUGAAGACUGGAUUUGAUACGACUUUAUCAUCUUUGCUCAAUCUUAACAACACACUUCAAGUAAAUUUUAAAUUCAAAUAUUAUUUAGUAAUGACUAUAAUUUUGUUUUAUGAACAAAUAGGUUGUUUCUAGUCUGAUUUCUUUGUUAUGGUUAAGCAUCAACACUCAAUUGUGUACUUUAGCAUACUUGAAUAAUUAACAAAAAAUAAAAGGUUAAUAAAAAUUUUUUUUUAUAACAGAGCGACUUGUUGGAUCGAAUGGUUAGCAACCCAGUUGAUUCAAUAAAACUUAGUGAUGUCUAUGUAUACGCUGAAAUUAUUGGUACGGACCCUGCUUUUAAUUUCGUUAGAACUUGCGACAAUUCCACAAAACAUCAGCUACUUGUACCAGUUGAUGAACUUGUAAGUGUUUUUAACAUUAAAAAUAUUGGCAUUAAAGUAAGAUUUUAAAAAUUUAAGUAUAACGAAUGUGCUUUUAAUUCAUCAAAGAAAAUAAGAAGGUAGUUUGAACUGCUAGCUGGAAUGUAUUUGCUGUGACAUUAGAAAAUCUAUGUGUGAUUUUGGCAUUAUGUAAUCUUAGUAAGAGUAGAAUACUAAAUUGAGCUUACUUUAUUACGUAAAUAAAAACGGAUUAAAACAUAGAUUAUCUUUGAAAAUGGUAUUUUUAGCUAACAUAACUUUAAACACAACAGUAAAAGAUACUAGUAACUUAAAAGUAAUACUAUUCUUGCAGAGUUCUGAUCGCAAGUUAUACCACUUUAAUCUGAAAGGAAACUGUUUUAAAGCAGUAAUAUAUUUGAGUGUGCAUGAAAAUGCAUGUCCGUGGUGCAUAUUUAACGCGGAGUCGAUAAUUGCUGAAGAAAAACAAGUUGCAGAUGCUUCUUCGACCCUACUUACUAUAAUCAGCAUUGUGACAACAAUUUUAGCUUUAACAUUGCUUGUUGCUUGCGCUGUGAUGUGUCGGAUUAAUCGAAAGUUGUCGCGUUCAAUGCGACGUUCGGAAUCCUCUAGUCCAUCAACUCAAAACACGUCAACUUCAGAUUCUGGAUACGACGUUCCGUGGCGCAAUUACAAUGGCGGAAUUCGUACACAACGAAUAGUCCGAGGGUCAAGCCAAACGAAUGGAAAUGGUGCUUACCAGGCUUAUCAUCGUCCUACAACCAUCAUUCCGCAACAUGCUAUACUUGAUGAUCAAAGUUUAUUGAAAUUAUCGCCUUCUGAUUACCCGCCGAUUUCGUCGAUGGGAGUUUGUUUAAACACAAUGCAUAAUCGUAUGGGCGUCAAUGAUAGUACUAUACACAUAACAGCGGUACCGUUUAAAGAUUAUGAUGAUUUAGGAAGAGACAAUAUUUGA